GCUUAGAAAUUGUUUUACAGCCUACCUACAUAAUAAAUUUCAAGUCAGAUAUUGGAAGAAAUGCCAGAAGAUUCAGAAAAGGAAGACUAUUCAGACAGAACGAUCAGUGAUGAAUCAGAUGAGGAUAACUUCAUGAAAUUUGUAAGCGAAGAUAGCCACCGGUGUGCACUUUUAACAGCUGACUCUAUUAGUGACCCAUUUUUCCCCCGAACUACCCAGAUACUGUUGGAAUAUCAGCUAGGGAGAUGGGUGCCACGUCUUCGUGAACCACGAGAUUUAUAUGGUGUCUCUUCUUCUGGUCCGCUGAGCCCUACACGGUGGCCGUACCACUGUGAGGUCAUUGAUGAAAAGGUCCAGCAUAUUGAUUGGACUCCUUCUUAUCUUGAGCCAGUGUACACCCCAACAGGCCUAGAGAUGGAACCCCUUUAUCCAAACUCCAAGGAAGAUACUGUAGUUUAUCUAGCUGAAGAUGCUUACAAGGAGCCCUGUUUUGUGUAUUCCCGAGUAGGGGGCAACCGAACACCUCUGAAGCAACCUGUGGAUAACUAUGACAAUACUUUGACGUUUGAAGCAAGAUUUGAGAGUGGAAAUCUACAGAAGGUAGUCAAAGUGGCAGAAUAUGAAUACCAGUUGACCGUGCGCCCUGACCUCUUCACAAAUAAACACACCCAGUGGUACUAUUUCCAAGUCACUAAUACCCAAGCAGGAAUAGUCUACAGAUUCACUAUAAUCAAUUUCACUAAGCCUGCUAGUCUUUACAGUCGGGGUAUGCGCCCACUCUUUUAUUCUGAAAAAGAAGCCAAGGCUCAUAAUAUUGGCUGGCAGAGAAUAGGAGACCAAAUCAAGUAUUACAGGAACAACCAGGGACAAGAGGGGUGCCAUUAUUUCUCUCUUACAUGGACAUUUCAAUUUCCACACAACAAAGACACCUGCUACUUUGCUCACUGCUAUCCAUACACUUACACCAACCUGCAAGAAUAUCUUUCUACUAUCAAUCAUGACUCAGUACGGUCAAAGUUUUGUAAAAUACGCGUCUUGUGCCACACAAUUGCUAGGAACAUGGUGUAUGUUUUAACAAUCACUACUCCCUUGAAGAGCACUGACUCAAGAAAGCGAAAGGCUGUGAUUUUGACUGCAAGGGUACAUCCAGGAGAAACCAACAGCUCUUGGAUCAUGAAAGGCUUCCUAGAUUAUAUUUUAGGAGACUCAAGUGAUGCGCAGUUGCUUCGGGACACUUUCAUCUUCAAGGUGGUACCCAUGCUGAAUCCAGAUGGUGUGAUUGUGGGAAAUUAUCGUUGUUCCUUAGCUGGACGAGAUUUAAACCGCAAUUAUACAUCUCUCCUGAAGGAAUCAUUUCCUUCUGUUUGGUAUACCCGGAACAUGAUCCGUAGAUUGAUGGAGAAACGAGAGGUUAUUUUAUAUUGUGACCUUCAUGGCCAUAGUAGAAAAGAGAACAUCUUCAUGUAUGGCUGUGAUGGUAGUGAUAGAUGUAAAGCAUUAUACUUACAGCAACGAAUCUUCCCACUUAUGCUGAGCAAAAAUUGUCCAGAUAAAUUUUCAUUCUCAGCUUGCAAGUUUAAUGUUCAGAAGAGCAAAGAAGGAACAGGAAGGGUAGUAAUGUGGAAAAUGGGAAUCAGAAACAGCUUUACCAUGGAGGCUACUUUUUGUGGAUCUACCCUGGGUAAUAAACGGGGCACUCAUUUCAACACAAAAGACUUGGAGUCAGUGGGAUACCAUUUUUGUGAUUCUCUCUUGGAUUAUUGUGAUCCAGACCGAACCAAGUAUUAUCAGUGCUUGAAAGAAUUAGAAGAAAUGGAAAAACAUAUAAACUUGGAAAAAAUCCUUGAGUAUUCAGAUACUUCUCUGAAAGAAAUGACACUGGAUCUAGAGUCUAGCAGCCGAGGCUCCGACAGUUCAGAAUCCAAUGAGUCUCAGACUUAUCUUCUCAAGUUAACUUCUCAGAAAAAACACCUGAAAACAAAGAAGGAAAGAAAUUCUACCAUAGCAAGUCAUCAAAACACCAGAGAAGAGCAAGAGGCAUGUGAUAAAGGACAUUUAGUGCAAAGACACAGAGAAUCAAAUUCUGAUGUGAAAGAUAUAAAGCCAAAUGUGUCAGAUAAUUGUAUAUUUGAUUAUUUCAGAAGACCAUUCCCUAAUCAAGGUUUGGAUCUGCAUCACAACCUUAAAAGCAAAAUGAAAGAAUGUACUUCUUUCCAGAGCAAGAAGACUGGCAUAAAUUGGACAGAUGAUGAAAAAAGAAUCUACAGGGAUAAAAGAAUAGCUCAAACUCAAGAAAUAUUGCAGUAUUUGCUCCCUAUCAUGGAAAGUACUAAAAAUGUACAAACCCCUCAGAUGAAACAAAUACUCAACCCAAGAACCAACUUCCAAAUUCAACAUCAACUAAUGCCAGCUACUUACAUAAAUAUAAAGAGAUACAGCACAUCCUGGACAGCACCCAGAAAUCACCCUUUUAUAAGCCAAAGGAAUCUUACGGUAAGCUCUCCAGAGUGGCUCCAGUCUGUGUCCCAGAGAUCACUUGAAAGUCUGUCACCUCUCACAGUGCCCAAGAAGAAAAAACACUCUCGAAUCAAGGCCACAAAGACUAAAGACAUGAAACCUCUCAGCAGCAAAUGGGAGACUACUCCCUCAAAUUUUGAAAAGGAUGCGGAUAUUAUCAAAGAAAAGAGUCUUCAAGCUGAAGAAUCCAAUGAGCAAAACUCUACGCAAAUAGCUCCACGUCCAACUAAAAAUAGGGUUGAGCAACCAAGUAAGAAUCAUGGACAGCCCACCUUCUAUUUGAAGUUCCAAAGGGACAAAUAAUUUAGCUUUAUGCUAUACUCUGAAAACCGUGGAUGAAAAAUACCAUAUGCUUACAUAGUAAAAAGAAAGAAAAAGAAAAGCCCUCCCCAGUCCUCUAUCUCUGUCCCUCCCCUUACACAUACAUAUGCAUAUACUAAAAGUUUAGAUAACCCAUCUUCAUUAGUGACAACAUCUUUCAGAGAUUUAGAAAGAAAUCCAGAGAAAAUACAGAAAAUUUAAAAUCUUAUUUAAUUUUUGCCAGGAUGGAAAAAAAAUCUAUGAACUUUUGAAUUCUCCCAAAACAACAUAUGCAUAGAACACCAAAAAAACUAAGAACUCAAGGACAGAAUGACAUGUACCAUCAGUGACUUUAACAUCCCUACUAGGCACCUUAAUGAAUCAGUCAACAUCUUUUCUUGAAUUUCUGUUUUAUCUUUAGUGUGCUAGAAACCAUCAGUGAUGUAAAAGACAUUUCUCCCCACUAGAAGAUUACUGUAUAAUUGUACAUAUAAAACACACAAGACUAAAAUAAUUACAGAAUAAGAGUGUGCAUAGGAAAGUACUAAGUUGUAUACCUCCAACAAUUAAAGAAAAUACUAUAUAUUAAAGGACAUUAAUUGCACAGAGCAAGUGUGUCACAAAAUGGCACUGAAAUGCAUAGAUUAUGGUAUACAAUGGUCAUUUUACUUCUCAAAAUGUAGCAACAAUGUAAAAGAUUAGAUGUGCACUUUGCUUUAGAGCUAAUGAAUGUACAUCUCCAGCCAUUUGUUCAUGGACACUGCAGAGAAAUAGGUAUGUCAGGCAAAUAAGUCAAGAUGGAUGUGAUAAGUGAGAAGACAAGAGUCACAGGUCACCAGUGGUGUCCAUUACAGGAUAAGGAUAAGCAGAAUGAGAAUCAGGUAGAUGAGGCACAUGAAAGUUAUAGGCUACAAGCUAAUUAGGUCAUGGUAGCAAGAUGGAACUAAGAAAACCUAAGGUUGGGUAGUCUACUC